UUCAACCUCACAUCAUCUUCAUUCUACACUUCAAACAUGUCUUUAACCACAUUAAACUUGUUUUCUCACAUCCUCUUACUUUUAAAAAAUAUUCAACUCAAUGAGAUUAUUAUUGCAUCCAUAGUUUUCAUAAUCCUUCAUUCCUUGCGAUCCAAGAAACAACAUGGCCUAAUCAAUUGGCCUAUCUUUGGAAUGCUACCUGCAUUACUCAUUGGACUCAAAACCAGUAAUAUGUAUGAAAGACUAACUAAUAUACUUAUACAACAAAAUGGAACCUUUAGAUUCAAAGGACCAUGGUUCACUGGUCUCAACUUGGUAGUAACCUCGGAACCGCAAAAUGUAGAACAUCUUCUCAAAACAAGGUUCACUAAUUUCCCUAAAGGAAACUUUGUUAAAGACACAGUUUCUGAUUUACUCGGAGACGGUAUUUUCGCUGUAGAUAAUGAAACAUGGCAGAAACAAAGAAAAACAGCGAGUAUCGAGUUUCAUUCAACAAAGUUUAGGAAAUUAACAAUUGAGUCAUUGUUUGAGCUUGUGAAUAAUAGGCUCAUACCUGUCUUAGAUUCAUCUUUGAAGAAAUCGGUUUCGAUCGAUCUUCAAGAUAUUUUGUUGAGAUUAACUUUUGAUAAUGUUUGUAUGAUUGCUUUUGGUGUUGAUCCUGGUUGUUUACAACCUAAUUUACCUGUAAUACCUUUUGCAGCAGCUUUUGAAGAUGCAACAGAAGCUAUUUUGCUUCGAUUUCCGUCGCUGGCUUGUGUAUGGAAAACUAUGAGGUUUCUUAACUUAGGUAUGGAAAGAAAGUUAAAGAAAUCAAUACAAAAAGUUGAUGAAUUUGCUGAGAAUGUUAUAAGGGAAAGAAAGAAAGAACUAUCUUUGGAAAAUGAACAUGAUGACGAUGAUGAUACGCGAAAAUCGGAUUUGUUAACUGUGUUUAUGAGGCUUAAAGAUGAGAAUGGAAUGGCUUAUUCAGAUAAGUUCUUGAGGGAUAUAUGUGUGAAUUUUAUAUUAGCUGGAAGGGAUACUUCUUCUGUUGCUUUAAGCUGGUUUUUCUGGUUGAUUGAUCAGAAUCAUGAAGUGGAGGAGAGAAUAUUAGAAGAGAUUUGUAGGGUUGUGAGUGAGAGAGAGGAGAUUAAGAAGGAAGAAUUUGAUAAUAAUUGUUUGAGAUUCAUGCCUGAGGAGAUUAAGAAAAUGGAUUAUUUGCAUGCUGCUCUUUCAGAAGCUCUUAGAUUGUAUCCUUCUGUGCCUAUGGACCAUAAGGAGGUGGUAGAAGAUGAUACAUUCCCAGAUGGAACAGAACUAAAAAAAGGAACAAAAGUGAUAUAUGCAAUAUAUUCAAUGGGAAGAAUGGAAAGCAUAUGGGGAAAAGAUUGCUUGGAGUACAAGCCAGAAAGAUGGUUAACUAAAGAAGGUAAUUUCAUGAGUGAAUCUGCAUACAAAUUCACUGCUUUUAAUGGAGGACCAAGAUUAUGUUUAGGCAAAGAUUUUGCAUACUAUCAAAUGAAAUAUGUUGCAGCUAGCAUUAUAUUUCAUUACCAUGUUAAGGUUGUUGAGAAUCACCCUAUUGUUCCUAAGCUUUCAUUGACACUUUACAUGAAGCAUGGAUUGAAAGUUAAUCUUCAUAGGCGUUGUGAUGAAGAGAUUGGUAAAUAUUUGAAGUUUAGUUAGAUAUGAAUUUAGUUACAAGGAAUUGAUUAAAAUGGUAAG